GAGAGACUCUCAGAGAGCGAGAGAUUGAGUGAAGAGUUUGUCUCUCAUUUCAUUUGAUUUGAUUGUAAUGUUUGUAUUGAAAACAUAAUCACAUUAUUUAUAAUAACAAUAAAAAUGUUUAGUUUUUGCGAUUAAAUGACUGGAAAUAAAAUAUGAGUUAUUAUAGUGUAUGAGAAGAGAAGUGCGGAUUGAAAAUGAUUUUAUCGUUUUAUACACACGUUUUGUAAUCACAUGAAUGCCAUUGAAUGUCAUCAUCAGAUCCUUUGUGUGAUCAUUAAAUGUGAUGUUUUUUAUGACAACAUUUUAUUGCAUUUUCUAAUCAUUUGAGCCAUAAAUUUGUUGAAUAGGUUUUUGACGAAAACAUUCAUCAAAAUUAAAUACAAAACUUUGCUUUCGUUUCAAUAAUGCUUUCAUUGGAUAUGAAUUGAAUGGCAAUUAUCACUCAAUUAGUGCAGUCUGUGAUCACGUUUGCAAAUUCAACAUUUCGAUGACAGUUGACUCAAGCCUUUGAUAUACUCCAGAGGAAUAUCGUUGUCGUUGUCGUUGCGGUGGAAAUGCUUCAAAAGCGGAUCCAUUAUCACAGCCUAAUGCCUAAUACACGGCUCGAUUCGCGACUAUUAUUGCGGGCUUUGAUCGCCUUUAAUAUAGUUUUAGCCGUUUAUAACAUAAUUACUCUUCAGUCAAACACAUCCAGUAAAGCCAAUCCAUGUCUGAUUGUCAUCAAUACAUCCAAACAGACCACUAAUGUUCACAAUUCACUGCAAAAGGGUGAUUUCGAUGACAAUGUGGCCAACUCUGAGAUGACACCAAUCGAUAGCAAAUUGUACGAAACCAAAGCCAUAACCACUGAAGACAAACCCAUCAAUAGUUCCAAAAUUAAUGGCGAAAUACUUAAUGAGAAGAAUAAAGAGACCAUUUGGUGGUCGACCGAAACUCGUGGCUCUUAUACUGUGCUCAAGAACUUCGUGCCGAGCGAUGAGUCGCCGGAUCCGAUGAAGUCUGUGACGCUCACCACUCAGGGCACGCAUUCAUUCCUCUAUCACAUCGAGAACCUGUGCCUCCGAUGGGACGGACACAUAUCGGUCGCCGUCUACUCUCCCGGCCUUGACUUUCCACUCGUUGUGAAUCUAAUCUAUUACUUAAGAAAAUGCCGAAACAGUUGCGUCAGAGAGAAGACAUCGUGGCAUAUGGUGUACGACUCGCUCUUCAGUCCCCAAUCCAACACUUCGUUCCCUUCCAGUUAUGUCGAAGACAUGGACUUUGAUUGCAGUCAAAGUUACGACGAGUUGACCAACAGAUUUAACACGUCGUUCAGAAGCGAUCACUCGCUUCCAUACCCUAUAAACGUUGUCCGAAAUGUCGCCCGACUUAACGCUCGCACCAAAUAUAUAUUCGCCUCCGAUAUCGAGUUAUACCCGAGUGUUGGCAUUGUCUCCGGUUUUAUGCAAUUACUCGACAGAAAAAUGUCGGGAUUAGUGCCCGUAAUCUCAGGAAAGAAUCCUCACGUUUAUGUGAUUCCCAUCUUUGAGGUGAAGGUCGGCGUAACGCCGCCCAAGAAUAAGACAGAACUCAAGGCACUCAUGAAAACCGGGAACGCCAUAUUCUUUCAUAAGUGGGUUUGCGACGCCUGUCAGAACUUUCCCGAUAGAAAUCUCUGGAUCGAUUCCAUACCCACUAACCAUUCGUUGGGUAUAUUCCGUGUGACACGACGUCUACGGACUCGCAAUACAUGGGAACCGCUAUAUAUCGGCACAAAUGACGAGCCGUUGUAUGACGAGAGGCUUUCAUGGGAUGGAAAACGGGACAAAAUGUCUCAGAUGUAUGAGAUGUGUCUAAUGAGCUACGAUUUGGCCAUUUUGGACAACGCCUUCUUAGUUCACGCGCCGGGUAUUAAACAUAUCGAUCCAAAGGAGGAGAAGAAACGGUUGCCAUUCAUAAAGCGAAAUAAUAUGGUCUACAAUACAAUAAUGUCAAAGUUGCGCAAAAAGUAUGGCACAAAAAACCAAUGCUAAGCAAUAAUAGGGAUAAUUAUUAUAUAAACGGAGCUUUUAUUUCUGUCUCUCCUUUUCAUAAAACUCAGUAUUUAUUAUAAAUAUAUUUAUUUUUUCUAAAAUAUUUUUACUAUUGCAUAUGUUUUACGAUAUUUCUUGGAC